AUGAGUGGAAUAGCUCUCAAGAUAACGUCUCUUGUAAUACGAACCGUUUCCAAGCCGAUAUCUAAGGCGAUAACCGAAAGAGCCAGAGCAAACGAAUCCUUUCGAAGGCAUUGUAUUUCCUUUGCCAAUGCUCUACAUAGAACAGAUGUUAAGUUGCGAAUGAACUUAUUGGGCGAAAAGAAAAUACGUGUUAGACCAUUAAACGACCAUAAAGCAAUUGAACAAGGUGCUACAUUCAUUUCGGAAUUUUUCCUCUUUAGUGUUGCAGGAUCGUUGAUUUUUUAUGAGGCAUAUAGGAGUAGGAAGAAAGCUGCAGAUCAAAGAGAAGCAUUGGCUGAUGAUAUUGCUGUUUUGCAAAGCGAAAUCGAGUAUAUCAAGGCAAAGUUGGGUAGUAUCAAUAUAAAAUUGGAUGAUUAUAAGGUACCUCAAGAGUAUAAGCCGAAAUAUAUCAAAAUCAAUACCAAUGAAGAUACACAUAAGGAGAAGUCAACUGCGCCAACCGAACAAACUGCGCCAACAGCGCCAACGCAAACUGCACAAACCGGGGAAAAUGCGCAAGCUACACCAACAGCGCCAACGCAAACUGCACAAACCGGGGGAAACGCGCAAGCUACACCAACAGCGCCAACCCUGUAA